UUUUCCUUUGAAAACAUGUCCAUUUUUGUUGCACUUCUCCUUUUGCUCCCUGUCCUUAUUCCAAUCCUCAAACGUGUAUCAUCAUCAAUAAAACAUAAGCUCCCUCCUUGUCCACCAAAGCUCCCACUUAUCGGAAACCUUCACCAGCUCACAUCCCUCCCUCAUCACUCCCUCCACGCUCUCUCCAAGAAACAUGGACCUCUAAUGCUCCUCAAGCUCGGUCAGGUCCCAACCCUCGUCGUCUCGUCACCAGACAUGACUCGAGAGAUUCUGCGUACCCAUGAUCACAUCUUCGGUAACAGGCCCUCAUCACUAGCUUCAACAAUUAUGAUGUACGGAGCCAGAGACGUGGUCUUUGCACCUUACAGUCAGCACUGGCGACAGACCAAGAAGUUAUGCGUCAACCACCUCCUAAGUACAAAGAUGGUACAAUCUUUUCGCUCUGUUCUUGAAGAGGAAGUGACAUCUAUGGUAUCAAGCAUAUCUGACAUGUGUACGUCACGUGCUACGAUCAAUAUGAGCGAGGUCUUGCACGUGUUCGUCAACAGGCUCGUGUGCAGGAUUAUAUCUGGCAGAUAUUUUACAGACGAAGGGAGAUGUAGAGUUAUGUGCAAAAUGAUAGAUGAGCUUUCUGUAACUUUUGGGCAGAUCAGUAUCGGGGAUUUCAUGCCAUGGCUCGGAUGGUUGGAUAGGGUUUCAGGCUUGGAGGCGAGGACCAUAAAGUCUUUCAAGAAGUGGGAUUCGGUUCUUGAUGAGAUCAUCGAAGAAAACACAAAUAGUUUGAAAGGAAAGAUGGAUGCCGGAGAGAAGUUAGACUUUGUAGACGUUCUCCUCGCUCUUCAGAGCAAUAAAGAUGCAGAGAUUCUGCUCAACAGGGAUACAAUCAAAGCAAUUUUACUGGAUAUGAUUGCAGCAGGGACAGACACGACGUUCUUAGUCCUAGACUGGGGCAUGACCGAGCUUGCAAGACAUCCAGAAGUUAUGAAGAAAGUGCAAAAUGAGGUAAGAGAGAUACUGAGCACAAAAUCUUCAAUCGCUGAUGAGGACUUGAGCAGAAUGAGCUACUUAAAAGCAACAAUAAAAGAAACCUUUCGAUUGCACCCUCCUCUACCUCUGCUGAUCCCACGAGAAUCAAUGGAUCAAUGCAUAAUACAAGGGCACGAAAUUCCCAAGUACACGAGAGUUUUUAUCAACAUCUGGGCGAUUGGUCGCGAUCCUAAGCUCUGGGAAGCACCCGAAGAGUUUCGACCUGAGAGAUUUCUGGACAAUCCGAUCAAUUACAAAGGUCAUCACUUCGAGCUCAUCCCGUUUGGAGCUGGACGAAGAAUUUGUCCUGGAAUGCAAUUGGGGGUCUCAAUGCUUGAGCUUGCGUUUGCAAAUCUCGUAAAGAACUUCGAUUGGGAGCUGCCUGAUGGAAUUAUGAAAGAGGAUCUGGAUAUGGGCGACUCGCCAGGAAUCUCUUCUCGCAGGAGGCAAAACCUAUAUCUUUCUGCAAAACCUCUGCAAUGCCACUUGAACAAGUAAACAAUCACAAUAAAUAGUAUCUCAUGAAACUUUCUGUUGAGUAAUCCUUUUGUGCAUGUCGUGAUAUGUUAGAUUUAACAAGCAUAUCACUUCCACUGUAUUGUACAACUUUAUCAUUUGGGCAGAUAAAUGGAUGUAAUUGCCAACAUAUACAAAUAUGUUUUAAUA